GUAGAGUCAUAUGUAGUACCUGCUGGAACAACGGUGCAACUUCUUAUUUACGCAGCUCACAGAGAUCCCAAUUUUUGGCCAGAUCCAGAAGUAUUUGAUCCAGAUAGAUUUUUACCUGGGAAUACCCGAAAUCGUCACCCUUACUCGUAUUUACCAUUCAGUGCCGGACCACGUAACUGCAUUGGCCAACGAUUUGCUAUGCUGGAAAUGAAGGCAAUGAUAACCCAUUUGAUACACAAUUUCUACGUGGAGCCUGUUGACUACUUGAAAGAUCUUCGGCUGCAGACGGAUAUAAUACUUAAUCCUUCUCAUCCACUCCGUGUAAAAUUUGUCCCUAUCUCAUAAAAUUAUUACGUGUCUUUUGAA